CAGCUAAUAGGAACUGUGCUGAGCUAUACAAAGCUGGCCAAACAAUCAGCGGUGUGUACACAAUCGACCCUGAUGGUAAAGGUGCCUUUAAUGUGUUCUGUGAUCAAGAAACAACCGGAGGGGGGUGGACAGUGUUCCAGAAGAGGCUGGACGGCUCGGUUUCCUUUCGACCGUUACUGGGAUGACUACAAAAUUGGGUUUGGUAACCUGAAUGAUGAGUUCUGGCUUGGAUUGGACAAGAUUUACCGCCUGAAGGAAAAGAAACACAACUGCCUUCGAGUUGAUCUGGAGGACUUCACAUCCAGCACUGCUUACGCUGAAUAUGACAUGUUUGCAGUUACAAACGAAACGACUAAAUACAAGCUCAGUCUAAGAACGUUCUCAGGUAUCGUGCUUGGAAUGUAUUUAAUUUUGAUGUAUAGCAUUUUGUCUUCGUGUCUUAAUUAUUCGUUCAAAGCUUGUUUGUAAGUAAGUUUCAAAAGGAGCUCAGUUACUUUUCCAAACGUAGCCCCUCUCUUGCACUUCAAUACUAGAUUAUAUUCAGGUAUUCUACCCCAAACAUUCCUGCUAAAAUGUCCUUGUAUGACUUCUAGGAACUGCUGGUGACUCAUUAUUGGUGCAUCGUGGCUAUCCGUUUUCCACCAGAGACCGAGAUCAUGAUACUGCUAAAGCCAACUGCGCUUCGCAUUUCCAAGGAGCCUGGUGGUACACUAAUUGCCAUGAUUCAAACCUGAAUGGUUUGUAUUACAACGGUUCACAUCCACAUAAAGGUCAAGGUAUCGUCUGGAAUACAUGGAAAGGAAUUCAGUACUCUCUCAAGAGAGCUGAGAUGAAAAUCAGACCGACCGACUUUUAG